CCAGGACCGAGUUUGAGAACCCCUGCUCUAAAGCUUUGAUAUUACAUAUUUCUUAUUCAGUGGUUGUUUAAGAACAGCCAGGUAGGGCCCAACCAAAGCUUCAAACCCAGGAUUCCCUCCGCUUCCCCCAUAUUAGGGUCAGCGCAGUGCAGUGCAACAGUUAUUGCAGCCUCAGUUGUCAGGGUCUUGGACUUAAAUGCCAGCCUUGCGACUCCCCGGUUUGCUGCAGAUAUUCAAAUAUCAUUCCAAAAAAAUUAAUUCGUCAGACUGAUGAAACUAAUUUGGCUAAUGGUGGGUUUGUGUGCGUGACCGGGACAUCUUGUCACUGCUACCAGGUUUGGGAGUGCCUUCUCGGAAAAAAAAAAACGGAAUGGUUAAAUAAGGCACACAAAAAAACUCGAACAGCAGCCGAUUAGUUUACCUCUGUAACAAUAAGCACCUCGUGAAAAGUGUUCUUGUGUUUCUUGAACUUUGCUCCCGUAGUUAAUCUAAAGAACAAAACCCUGCCAGCUCUCUCACAGUCACACCCCACCCUCCGGCUGCACUUUUUGACAUAACGGCGGGCUGCCAAAGUCGGCUCUGUUUAUUAUCGUCCAAACCCCUCAAGGAGAAGAAGCCUGUGAUCAGUGAAGAAAUGUCCGGCGAUCAGUCAGACUCCGGGGAUGCUUACCUGAAUGAAUAUAAAGGCUAUUAUUUCCUUAAGGGGAAAAGUUCUUCGGAAUACAUCAAGUCAUUGGAAGACUUUGAAAUUCGGGACAGCGAUGUGUUUCUCGUGACGUAUCCAAAAUCAGGUACAGUGUGGACCCAGCAAAUUGUGACCCUGAUCUUUGAGGAUGACUGCACUGAGGACUACAAGAUGAACAUCGAGCAAAUGCCUUGGAUUGAGUUCCCAAUGGAUGGCUAUGACUUUGUGAAUCGUCCAUCGCCUCGCCUCUAUGCCAGUCACCUGCCGUACCAUCUGGCGCCCAAAGCUUUGAAGGAAAAGAAAGCCAAAGUAAUUUAUUUGUUCCGAAAUCCUAAAGAUACCAUGGUAUCCUAUUUCCACUUUUCCAAGAUGAUGAAUGACCUGGAAACAAUCCCAUCGAUUACUGAGCUAAUUGAGAGAUACUUGAAUGGAAAGGUUUUUGGAGGCUCCUGGUUUGAUCAUAUCAAAGGUUGGUAUGAUCACAAGGACCAAGUGAACAUCCUCUUUUUAUCAUAUGAAGAAAUCAGCAAGGAUCUCCGCAGUGCAGUUCUGAAAAUAAGUAAAUUCGUUGGCAAGCAGCUGGAAGAUGCAACCAUUGACAAAAUUGUAGAAAGGUCCACUUUUAAAAACAUGAGGAAUGAUCCAAAAGCAAAUUAUGAGUUCAUGCCUGAUUCUGUUGCCGACAAGAAAAAGGGAUGUUUUCUGCGGAAAGGCACAGUUGGAGACUGGAAAAAUACCCUGACCGUGGCACAAAAUGAAUACUUUGAUAAAGUGUUCCGAGAAAAAAUGAAGGGAGUACCUUUGAAGAUGAUUUGGGAUCUUGAUGAAUGAGGAAUACUACUGCAGGGAUCAAAUUCCGUUCUUUUACAGCACUUACAUUUUGAUGGUAGCACUUGCAAUUUGAGGAGGUCCGUUUCAGUGUCGGUUGAUUUAGAGUCUCUUGAGUGCUUUAUUCUUUUGUUAGUACGGUAUGAAUACACACUUUUUGAUUAAAAAAAGAGCAGGUCUGGGGCCAGAGAUGCUCCGGUGCAACUAAGAAUGCCAAGAAGAGUUAUUGGUACCCCUGGUAAAGAUAAGCUAAAAUUCUAUGAAUACAAUGCCUCCAUUGUUCAUUAGCCUGUUGUUAUACUCCAAUUAUUAAAGAAAUCUAAACUUU